AUAGGAGGAUGGGCGAGUUCAGGUGUGUCCUGGAUUAACGAUUAAACCCAGACUUGAUCCUGUCAAGCUCCUCUGCUGACCUCCUCAAAAACUGAACUCUGAGUGGGUUUUUCAUUUUAUUUUUAGAUUCACAGCUUCGGUUCAUUUUCUUUCGUCUUGUCCGGGGAAAUGUUGGAAAGAAUCGUUUUCGUGCUCUGUUUGCUGCCUGUUCUGUCAGCAGAGCUCUGUAAACCAGAUGCUCCAGGUGCCUACAAAGUUCGACUCAGCAUCAGAACUGCUCUGGGAGAUAACGCUUACAACUGGAAUAAAAAUGAAAUGUUCCUCUUCAAAGCAGCAAUGGCUUAUGCAAUGAGUAAUCACACAGGAAAGGAGUACAGUGUGUCAAACAUCAACGUGUGCAAAGAAACUCUCAGAGUGUCCUUUUGGUUUGUGGUAACAUCACCAGACRACCCGUCGACUCCUGUUGGAAAGGAGCUUGUGGAGGCAGCUUAAGUCCAGACAUCGCAUCAACAGCGCCUUCCUUCUCUCUGAUUCCACUCUGGAGUUUGUUGGCAUCUAUCCCACCCUGGCAGCCCCCGUGGCCCCUGACACCCCUCCGUGGCUCAUCGCGUUUGGGGUGGUGAUAGGCCUGGUGGGCGCCGGCAUCGUCUUCCUGCUCGUGUCCACCGUGGUGGAAAAGAAACGCAGGAAGAAGAAGAAGGCAGAGGAGAAGGAGGAGGAUGAAGAGGCCAGGGUGAAAACAGUUGAAAACGGCUCUACGAGUGACGGAAUUUAUAACACAACGUUCUCAGACGAGGAUCGAUUCACAGAGAUGUAAGAAGAGUCUCCCAUGUCAGGAAUAAGAUGUUAAAAAUAUUCAAAUGUUAAGCUGCUCYCUACAGAAUUUGACACUAUGAUCAGUAUGUGCAAGAAAAUAGUUUGACUAAUAUAUUUGCAUCUUUUUAUUGUUUGUUUAAGAUGCUACCUGAAAAAACUUUGUUAAUUUGUGCCAAACCUGACACAUAAAACGUAUUUCAUUGAUUGAAUUUUUGAAACAUAUUUUCUUUUGAUUAAAAUCCAAUAAAUAAACUAUUUAACUGUA